AUGGCCGGAGUCAAGGUUUCAAAGACUGGACCUCUGCCCGUCUUGUUGCCCGUCUCGUUGCCCGUCUCGCUGCCCGUCUCGUUGCCCGUCUCCUUUGCCCGCCUCUUCGCCCUGACCUUGUUGGCUAACGCAAUGGCAAUGCUGCCUCCCGCUGCCCGCCAGACCACGACGGAGCCGCCCUCGCAAAGCGCGGCAGCCAUCCGGAUCCGCGACAACCAGCGACGCUCGCGAGCCAGGCGGAAAGAAUACGUCGAGGGCCUCGAGCGCAAGGUCCAGGAGUACGAGAAGAGAGGGGUCGACGCCACCAUGCAGAUGCAGCACGCCGCCCGGACGGUGGCGCUGGAGAACUCGAGGCUGCGCAUGAUGCUGGCGCGCAUGGGGGCCGCCGACGCCGACGUCGACGCCUUCCUGCAGGCCUGCCAGGACAGGGAGGCUGCCGAGGCCCUGUCGAGCGUGAGCUUGCGGCCCUUGCACCACGACGGGCCGGACCACGAGACGCCGUCGGCCGGGAAGCGUGACGCGGACCCGGCGGCGUCGCGGCGAGCUCAGCAGCACGGCGAGACGCAGAUGGUGGUUGACGCGGUCAGGAUACUGGGCGGCGGCGGCAACCCCGGUGCCGUUGGAAAGGGUAUGCCGUUGUCGUCAUUGUCAUCGUUGUCGUCACUGCCGUCACUGCCGUCACUGUCGUCACUGUCGUCACUGUCGUCAUUGUCAUCGUCGUCGUCGUCGUCGUCGUUGUCGCCGCCGCCGCCGCCCGACCCGGGAAUGGCUUUCGGGGGAGAGCCCACGGGUCCGGCCGGCCGUCCGUCCAAGACGGGGUGUCAGCCUCGUCUCGGCACCUUUACUCACCAUCACCACCAUCACCACCCUCACCACCAUCACCACCAUCACCAGCAGCAAGGCAUGGCUGGCGUGCUCAAGUACGGCGGCUACGCGGCGGGUGCUGUCCAUCCCUCGGCACCCGCUCCUUCCCAGCAGAGCCUCUUUGACAAGCUGGAUGUCCUGGCAUCUGCUACCCUCCAGCAGCGUGAUUAUUGCGACGGCAAGACACCAUGCCCCGCGGCCAUUCCCACCCCUGCGCUCGAGGCGCCGAGCCCCUCUACUCUCGAGCCCAGCACCGGAGCCGUCACGCCGUCCUCGCCGUACGCGCCUGAGCUGUCGCCUGGCGCCAGCACCGUGGUGCAGGAAUUCUCCUCUCCGAUGGAGAUGUCCUGCGAUGCUGCCGCCGCCAUCAUUACCGAAAUGCAAGGACACGAUGACCGCGAAGCCGCAAAGGCCAGGCUUGGCUGCCAGGCUCGAGACGAAUGCCUGGUCAGAAACGCUGUCCUGUUUGAAGUCUUGGACAGCGCGACUGGGAAUGGAUUGUAUUCCUGA